UAAGAAGCCCAUAUAGACUUGUAGCGGCCCGCAGAACCAUCAGUCUCGCUUGCUACUGAUUACAAGCUCCUCUGAACUGAUGACGACUAGAGAAGACUGAAGUCAGUAAGCAAAUUCGUAGGAACACGACCGGCAACGUUGAGCCAGCUUCUGUUCUUCGGCCAUUGUUUGUUCGUCCUAUUGUGCCCCUUGUUAAUCUCCUUAUCUUCUUGUCUUCAGCGAACCUCCUCGUCUUUUAUGAGCGUCUACCAUUGUAGAAUAGCCGAUAGACUGACGAUUGCUGGCCCCCUUCAAGUGUCUUUAUCCCGCCGGAUAUCUGAUUCGCAUCCGAAAGGCUCCGUCUUCAUGGUCCAGACGUUGUAUAAGCUGGUCUCGGCACGAUCAGCAAGGCAGUUCAUGCAGUCGCUCAGACUGGUUCGUUACCUGGUGGCGACACAGACGGCCGGGCUGAUGCCGCCCAGAUCUACCCUUUCUUCGACACGGUUCCCGGCGGAUCUGCCUUCAAAGCGUGUCUGCCAGCCCGCGUAGUCGGUGACCGAACAAAGAAGCGAGAUAUUUUCAAGAGAGAAAGACGCAGUCUUCAACUUGCCUCCUCGGUUUUCUAGCAGCAACCUCUCUCCAGCCCUUAUUUGUGUCUAUGUCUAUACGCACAGAGGUAGCCUACCAGUCGUAGGUAAUGCUCCCGAUCUGAACUAGCAGUAGUUAUUCAGUAAUAAUCAGUUCUUAUACUAGUUAGAGCCGCAGCCACGUAGGUAGUACCUAAUAAAUAAGAAGCCAAAGUCAUCUCGUUGAGCUGUUCAGCGACAAAGUGCGCAGAGUCUUGACACCGCCUCGCAGAUUCGUCGCUCACUGAGAUCUCCUUUCGUUUCUCGUUAACAGCAUCCGCAUCGUUGUUAUCAUCAUCAACAGCACUGCCUCUAUAGGCGGCAGCGCAGGUUAUUUCUUGCCGUAUUUUUCUUCGUCUCCUCUCGGUCCUGGAGGGCGGCUCUAGAGGCCAUCGUCGCAAUGAUCGUAACAGCGAUCCGAGCGCCUUCUGGCGACUAUCGCCACCAACAACAGUACAUUUCAGCAAGCACACUUCGUGCUAAUGCGUAUCGGCCUGACGUUAGUCUCUUCUAGAUCUCGCUGCUGUUCAUGCCGCCAGCUAGGUCUCGCCUGCGAGAGGACUGCUGCUGCUGCCGCUACCGCCGCCGCUGCCGCUGCCGCCGCCGCCGCUGCCGCUGCCGCCGCCGCCGUGACCAGUCGCGCUAAAGAAACGUCUGGAGAAGGCGAAGAGGACGAUUCAACCGCCCAAGUGAACCGAUUCGUUGCCCCGUUGCCUACCGAUCAUAGCGCGGCCAUCCGAUCAGCAAUCGAUGUUGCUGUUUCCAUUCGCGCUGGUUGUCCUGCCCGUAUAGUGGAGCAUAGUCUCGGUUACUACAACGACGGGACGAUCGUGUCGAGAAGUUGUGCAUUGACUGUUGAUCGUGAUGACCCUGUUAGCAAUCAUUUAGGAACCUUUCUUGCACCUUUAUUCACGUCUACGUGUGUAUGUUUGCGUCUGUGGUAAUUUUGUCUUCCCUGGUUCGAGUUAGCGGAGAGAAGUGUGACGGUAUUCUAAUAUCGGCGUACUAAAAGGCCACCACAGACUGACACAUUGACGUUGAGAUUACCUACUGCUUAGGCCUUCGAUUUGACAAUUUGUAUCUGGCUAGGUAGCCAUGUUAGUAUCAUGCCAAUCGAAACGUGAAGGGCCUACCGAAGUGUGAUGAUAGUAUCUUAAGAAACGUGGCUCAGCCUGUAUCGUUUCUCGUUUUAGCAACGCGAACAAACGCGUGUCCCGAAAACAGUGGCGUCUUUUUCCUGCUUGCACUGAGUGUGCGCGCGAGCGUAAGCCCAUCAUCUCCUUUCGAAUUCUGUCCGUAUCUAGGCUUAGUUGCAUAGUACUAUUCCAGGUGCAACACCUCGCCCGCAAGACGUACGCGAUACGCUCCUGUGAAAGAGAGUACGUGACUAGAGAUUACUGUGCUUACUGUUGAGGUGGGGGGGGGGUUGUCUGUCUGGUUGACUUCUUCCGUUAUCUUGCGAUCAGCGAACUAUGACGAAGGGUCAGCUCCAUUUUUGAAUUGUCGACUGCAUCUUUGCCGCUGAACGCAACUUGGCCAUUACCAUCACCAGCGUUACCUUUUCUUCCGGAACAGUUUGCGACGUCGACAAUCGAGGAUACCGACUAAAUAUGGCGGUAACCUACGCGAAAAUCCUUUCGCUUGUUGCGGUGACUGCGGCAGUCCAGGCCGGAUUCUACGCUGAUAAUGGCCUCGAUCGAACUAUUUCGUACCGCAGCUUGCCGAAACAGGAGAAACGUGAAAUGGAAAAUGAAAUUCUGAAUCUUCUCGGUCUUGAUCGUCGGCCAAAGCCAAAAAUCCAUCAAACGUCAAACUCGGCUCCGAAAUAUCUGAUCGACCUGUACAAUCAGGUCGAUCUAGAAGCUGAAGAAAAAAAUGCGUCCUUUCGCGAUGUCGAUUUCGUCAUCAGCUUUGUCAACCAUCACAAUAAUCUCGAAGAUGAACAGAGUAUCGAACCCAAGUUGCGCUUCGAUGUUAGUGAUAUUUCGCCGCAGGAAACCGUAAUGCACGCUGCACUCAACCUUUAUCGAAGAAACACCCGAUCUGCCCAAGCCCAACCCGAAGCUGAGCAAGAUACUUCAGAGGACGCUCAACCAUCAUCCGCUUACAUGAGAUCACCCCAAAUUGUUCCGGCAGAAAGCGUCCACGCUAUUCUCCAGGAAAAACAGAGCGAAGAGUCAAUCGCGAGUAGUUUACCUACUCCGGUUAAAAGCACAACUUCUUCGACUACAGCAUCAACCAGCCUGGUAACGCCUAUCCAUGAUCAAAACACAGUUGAAUCAACAAUUCGUAAUAAGAAAACGUCUACAUCCAGCACUAGCAUUAAAACACCCCAUUUUCCUAGUACUACCAGCAGUUCUGUCACGACAACGACCGGUUCUAGCAUUGCAGAGUCACCACAGAACGGACCUGUCUCAACAUCAGAAGCAACGCAGGCCAAGUUGAGGCAUCGCCGAAUGGUAUCCCCAUCGUUGGACUAUCCGGACGGGUUUGCGUUCUUCGACCAGCCCUUUGAAAUUCAGGUGUUUUGCAUGAGACAUGGCAACUCGAUCGGAGAUAUUGCACUCGAACCAGUUACCAAUUACACCGUGGCUACCAACGAAACUGGAUGGAUCCAGCUGAAUGCAACAAACCCACUUCUCAAUUGGGUGGCCUUUCCCGGAGAAAACUUUGGUCUUGUGGUCCGUCUGAUCGAUCCGGAGUCCGGCGUGCAGCUUUCGCCUGCUCAGGCAGGACUCGUCCUGGGUGCUACAGGGGAAUUUGCCCCGUUCAUGGCCGCUUUCAUGAAGGAGGGGUCUGGUGGCAGACGUCGUUCUACCCGAGCGUCAGAAAAAAGCCGUCGGGGCCGCCAGCCAGCCAGCUCUAUCAAUGACGACGUUCCGUCAUAUGAAAUCAGGCAUCACUUUUCACGUCGGAAUUCGUGCCAGAAACGGACCCUUUACGUGUCGUUCCGUGAUCUCGGUUGGCAAGACUGGAUCAUUGCCCCCGAUGGGUAUUCAGCAUUUUACUGUGACGGCGAAUGCUCAUUUCCGCUCAACAUGAAUGCCACGAACCACGCAAUCGUUCAAACGCUCGUACAUCUUGUGAGUCCGAGUCACGCUCCAACUGCGUGUUGUGCGCCUACGAAACUCUCGCCAAUCAUGGUUCUCUAUUUUGACGAUAACUCUAACGUCAUACUGAAGAAGUACAGAAACAUGGUUGUUAGAUCUUGUGGCUGCCAUUAAUAUUGAGUACUGCUUUGCGUUCUCUUCCGUGCGAAACCCUGAAGGCUUUUACGUGGGGUAAGUCGGAGUCGCGGCUAAACUAGUAGCAAAGGAACCUACUAGAAUAUGAAGCUUGUGCAACAGACUAGAAAUAAUAUGAGAAACUAUAGCACCGAAAACAACUGUUAUAAUAUUGUGUAAAUGGUAGCAAUAUACGCGAGCUCGGCAUCUGUACAGUUUUACAAGAAUCGCUUGUAAAUAAUGGAAGCGAAUUGCCGUGCCAGGACAAGUACAAAGCUAGGCUACAGCGGUGCUUUGGGCUCGUCGAAAGGUAGUCCUCACCUAUUAUACAUAAAUACAAUAUAACUAUAUAACAAACGAUUAUUAUAUGCUGUAUUUGUAAGAAUUUUCAUUGUAAUUGACAGAUUGGUUUCUGUAUACAACUCAAUUCAUAUAUAUUGUUUAUUUAGCUGGAAUAUUUAUUUGUAAAUAAAUGUGUGUGUUAUUCGAUCAGCCCAAAACGGUUCACAUAUAUAUAUA